UUGAGGUGCAAUUACUUCACAAGUCUGUAAAGUUUCAAAAGCUUUACUUUAUGGUGUCAUUGUGCAUACAUCUCACAUAAUUUGGGACUUUACACACUGACCUCAGAUCACUUCUGUUCUGCUAUUCUCAUUGCUUCAUUUAUCCUAAAUAAGUAGAAACAAUAAGGCAAUAAAAACAGAUGUUUAGCACUAUAAAGAUGCAUUUUAUGAUCAAUAAAUAUAAAUGAAAAAUAAAUACAGAAAUAAAGUAAGAUGACUUUUCCACAUGAAUAAUUUUACUGUGCUCAUUUUAUCAGCUAUGGUAACCAUUAAGCUACAUCUACAGUAACCACACAACCACAAUGGAAACCUUUAGUGAGACUUUUCUGUAUUCACGUGAACAGAUACAGGAUGUCACAUGGCCUUAUAUGUUUGCAUGUUUGCCACACAUUAGCUUCAAAUGCUAAAAUUAGAGACUCAAUAGCACAGAACUAGAGAGUAGAAACAAAGACCACAUUAAACCAUUAUUUAUAGAUGACCAGUGGAAUAGAAAUGGCUCAGCCAAUUUAUGGCAAUAUACUUGUGAACUAUGAUCCAACACCGAAGAUGGACAGAUGCUCUCUCAGAAAUGAAACAGGUACAAACACGAACACGAAUGCACUAUUAGGUUUAGAUGUAUUUGGCUUAACCAUCAUUGGGUGGCUCGCCAAUGAAUUCGAUUAGUCAAAUACAUAAAAUAAGCAUGUAAAAUGAGAUCUUAUAAGGAGAAGACUUUAAUGAAGUCAGUUUCUCAGCAGUGAUGUUAACGUGCUUCUCUUUAAAGAUCUUAAACCAAAAAACUACUGUGAGACAGUACUUUAAAUCAACUACAAACCAGCUGUUUAUUGACUUGUACACCUUUAAUUUGUAGGGGCUUAUGCACAAGUCAUAACAUUUGUAUGAGUGCACCGCAACAUGUUACUAAAAUACAUCAAUGCUUUUGGUUUUGUCUGAUAAAUAACCAUUUAUAUGAAUGUCUGCCAUCUUCAGCAAGUGAUUCAGGAAAGAAGAGAAGCUCCAGAGCAGCUCCAGUCUGUUUGGUGCUAUUGUGUUUACUUCUGCUGACUGCAGUCAUAGUGCUGAGUGUCUUCAUCUAUACAAACAACACAAAUUUUGCUGAAGAGAGACGCCAGCUUAUAACCAACAUCGCCAACAUUACAGAAGACAGAGACAAGCUACUAACCGACAUCAUCAAUCUCACAAAAAUCAAAGACAAGGUUCUAAUCAACAUCACCAACCUCGAAGAAGACAGGGAUGAGCUACUCAACAAGAUUACUACGUUUACAAAAGCGAGAAAUGAGAUAUUAAAGAAGAACGCAAACCUCCUGAAGGACAAAGACCAACUAAUAAAGCAACUUCAGGUUUUUGGUCAGGAAGCUUACUAUCAAUCCAGCUUUUACUACUUGUCCAGUGAGAGGAAAAGCUGGACUGAGAGCAGAAGAGACUGUAAAGACAGAGGAGCUGAUCUGAUCAUCAUAAACAACAAACAGGAACAAGAUUUUAUUAUGAAGAUCACCAGUAACAAUGAAUUCUGGAUUGGUCUGACUGACAGUGAUAAAGAGGGAAUAUGGAAAUGGGUUGAUGGUAGUAAUCUGACGUCUAGGUUCUGGGCUUCCUCUGGAUCAAUAACUGAGCCCAAUGGACGGAAAACAGAGAACUGUGCUGUGACCCAUUUAAAAAAGCACCCUGAGUUAAUAGGAUGGCUUGAUGUUGCAUGUGAUGGUGCUUAUCAAUGGAUCUGUGAGAAAAAUAUUUUACCAGUUACCAGUUAAGCAACAAAAAUGUUUUGUUUUCAAUGGUUAAUAUUACAAUGCCAACCCUAAUGAAAAUCCUUAGUUGUCCAAAGACGUCAGGAUUAUUAAAGCAGGGGUUUUCAAACAUUAGACGACACUGACCCUUAAAAUGAUCAUCCUCGUUUGUGGAACACCAAUCCUAAAAAGUAAACUUAGCCUAUGUAGUUCUUCAUACAUAUCUUUGGUUAGUCCUGAUAUUUCGAGGUUUGGAUUUUUUUUUUCUAAUAAUGACCACCAUUAAUAGCAGAUCUCUAAAAUACACUGCAAAUCUAAUUUCAUGUAUCAAGCAAAACGUUUUGUACACAGUUGUAUUGUUGUAUUUUUUAUUUUUUAUAUUAAUCAGCUGGUGUUUUCUUGCACUUAUUUUAUUUACUAAACUGAAAAUAACUUCUAUAAUACUGUUGCUAGUGCCAACUAGCGUUUCGGAAAUGUUGAUGCAGAGCAACAGAGACAGCUCGCAGAAGUAUAAAUUUAAAGCUACGCGCGUUGCAUGCGCCGUGGGUUACGCCGGUCACUUGAUGCAGAAGUAUAAACCAGCCUUUAGUUUAAGUAAAUUUGAUGAACGCGAUUGUGUGUGUUGAUGAAUCUAAAAGGAGUCGCUCACCGUGACCGCUGUACUGUGCACGUUGUUUCUGUGUGUGUGUGUGUGUGUGUGUGUGUGUGUGUGUGUGUGUGUGUGUGUGUGUGUGUGUGUGUGUGUGUGUGUGCGUUUCCAAGCAGCUCUUAACAUUACUGACAGUGUAGGACCCUGUAAGAAGUCUAUAGUCUUUGGUAUGUGCCUUUAAUGUACCCCUUGAUUCUGCUUGUGAGAGACUGUUCUCACUCUCACCUCACAUCAUUUAAAAGAAAAGGGCCACAGUCCCUAAUAAUGUCAAUAGACUGGACUGUCUUAGCAACUGGCUAAAUGUUAAAGAGGACUAAGCAAAAUUGUUUCUGAUU